AUGCGUACCUCCAAAACAGCGAAGGAGACUUCGAAAGUUCUCCAGGCGCUUUCGCCCCCUGCACGACGAAGCACACGAAACACGUCUCUGACAAGUGCCCUGCGCAAUUUCGCGUAUAACGCAGACUCAACCUCGAACGUUCAAAACGAAACCGAAAGCGAAAAUCAAUUCAUCCCUACAAUCGCCCAUAUCCCACACGUCAAAGACGAAGACGAGUCAUCGCUUUCAUCCGCUAAUACCACCGACAUCGAAGAUCUCCUUGGACCUCCCACGAAACGCCAAAAACGCAGUACCAGUCCUGCAGUCCUAAAAGCCUCAGAUACAAAUCGCGCACCCCGAAAAACCAAACCAAUCGUGAAGAAUGAGUCCGGACCUGAUGAGAAACCCUCUUCUACCAAGGCGCCGCGCCGGAUGCCUGCUCGGAAAACCCGCGGUGAAGACGGCGAGGUGAAAAUAGAGCCACCGUCUAAUUGGGAGGUUAUGUACGAUACUGUUAAAAAGAUGAGAGAGGAUAAUCCGACCGCGCCGGUUGAUACGAUGGGAUGUGCAGAACUAUAUUGGCGUGCAUCGUCGGCGAAAGAUCGUCGUUUUCAAACGCUUAUUGCGCUAAUGCUUUCGUCUCAAACGAAGGAUACUGUUACGGCCGUUGCGAUGCAGAGAUUACAUACUGAGCUUGGGCAAGGAGCGGAAGCGACUAUGGAUACUGUGAAAAUAAAGUCAGAAGAUGACGACAAGGACUCAGCUACGAAAGAUAGCACGUUGAACUUGGAGAAUAUACUCGCUGUCUCGCCUACGAAACUGAAUGAACUCAUUCGCACAGUCGGAUUCCAUAACAACAAAACGAAAUAUAUUAAAGCUGCCGCUUUGAUCCUCCGCGACCAGCACGAUGGUGAUAUCCCCCCUACACCGGAGGAACUGAUGUCUCUACCUGGCGUUGGACCGAAGAUGGCAUAUCUAUGUAUGAGCGCUGCAUGGGGCAAACAUGAAGGUAUUGGUGUUGAUGUUCAUGUUCAUCGGAUUACGAAUCUUUGGGGGUGGAAUAAGACUAAGAAUCCUGAGGAAACGAGGAAAGCGCUUCAAUCUUGGUUGCCGAGGGAUAAGUGGCAUGAGAUCAAUAAGUUACUUGUUGGUUUGGGUCAGACGGUUUGUCUGCCUGUGAAAAGGCGCUGUGGGGAAUGUUAUCUGGCUGGGACGAAGCUUUGUAUGAGUGAGAUCAAGGGAUUGAGCAAUGCGAAUGCGAGAGCGAAUGGGAUUAAGAUGGAAGCUAAGAUUGAGGUCAAGACGGAGCCUAAGAUCAAGAUUGAGAGUGUAUGA